UUGAUCUCAUUUCUGAUGUGAGACUAGGAAGAGAAGAUGAACAAUUCCCUGGAUUACCUAGCCUACCCUGUCAUUGUCUCUAACCACAGACAGACCACAAACUUCAGGAAGAAACUGGAUUUUGGUCACUAUAUAUGUCAUAAGCAUAGGAUACAGAUAGUGAAACCUGCUGUGGACACCAAGCCUCCGGCAGCACACACAAAUCACAUUCUGAAACUGAGCAAGCUGCAGUAUGAACAAAAGAAAAUCGACAAAAUUGAAUAUGAAAACAAGCAACUGUGCCAGAAAAUCGCAAAUGCUCAUCGCGGGCCUGCGCAAGUGGAUUGCUGGAAUGAUUAUUUUACCAAAAGCUUAAACAGAGAAACAAGGAACCGGGAGCUAGUGAGAAUCACUGUGGAAAACCAAGGUAUCCUGAAGAGGCUUGGUGACCGGAAACCCCACUAUGACCGCAAGUCUACUGAGCAAGACUGGCAGAAUUCAAGGCGCUAUAUUAAAAAUACGACAAAGUAUCUUCUCGCCCAAGGUGAAUAGUCUUCUUCCUGAAUACAAGAUUGGUCACCAUGGGAAAAGUUUUCGAGAGCUGGUACUAGACUUAACUGCUUAGAAUUUUAAGAUGCUCCUAAGUAGGUUUGGAUGUUCAUUCUUAGGAUGCAACAAUAAAUCUUACAAACAAAUUUUUU